AUGCCAGGCGGCCAACACUUUAUGCCAGACAUUGGUCGCGAAGGGCUGGUGCCGUCGCUGCUGCGCUUUCUGGUCAGGCGACGCAUCAAGAAGGAGGUGGAAAAGGACGCCGUCAUGAAGAUCAUUCUCGACAAGAAACAGUUGAUGGUUAAGCUGAUGAGUAACUCGAUGUAUGGCGCUUGCGGCAUUAGUGCGGGCUCGGCUAUGGCGCUCUUGCCGUGUACGCCACUGUCGGCUGCCGUAACUGGUAACGGUCGCGUCGGUCUCAACACUACCGUGUUUCACGUUCUCGACUAUGACCCGCGGUUGCGCGUGAUUUACGGCGGCACCGACUCUUUCAUGAUUCAGACUGUACCCGGUACUACAAUGAAGGAAGCAGGAGAGAUUGGCAAAGAGAUUGCUCGACGCACAACCACGUCGUUGCCCGGCGGCAUGAAUCUGCCGUAUGAAAAGUUGUAUUACCCAUACUUGCUCAUGGCCAAGAAGCGGUACAUUGGUGGCUACUAUACGAACAAUUUGGAAAAGUACGACAAGAUCGACGUUAAGGGUAUGGAGACUGUGCGCCGCGAUGCGUGUGGCUACGCUUCGUUCUCGCUCAAGGAGACUAUCAACGUGCUCAUCGAGCAGAAGAGUGUUGAGCCCACGUUGGCAAAGGCUCACGAAAUGCUGGCUGGACUCUGGUCGACUGACCCAAUGCGACUGCUCAUAUCAAAGACAUCGAAUAACGUGACCAACGACAGACUACCGCACGUGCGAGCUGCCAACAAGAUCAAGGAACGUGGCGAAGAGGACUACCCAAAGGUUGGAGAUCGAGUGCCGUACUUGGUGAUUGCGACGGGUGACAAGCGCAUAUGCGACAGGGCAGAUGAUUCCAAAUAUGUGGUGAAGAACAAUAUCCCUAUGGAUUAA